AUGAAAGUGAGCAGCCACGACGGAGACAGACAUCAUCCGAAUGUGACGAAAGGUGAAAAAGGGUCAAAACGGAGAUCUUCUUCUUCGUCUUCUUCGUCGUCGUCAUCGUCAUCAAAUGACAGCGCUAAGGAGAGGAAAGAAAGCAAAGGAAGUCGUUGGGGUAAAUCUGCUGAUAAACAGAAGCCGGAGCUUUCCGGAAGUAAGAAACACAGCAGUUUUACGAGUCAGAGGAGUAAAUAUUCAGAUUCGGAUGACUCGCAGAGUGAUGACGACAGGCGGAAGCGUAAGAAGUCUGCCCCUGUCACAAGAUCAAGCCCAGUGAGUCGCUCGAGGCACACUGACGAAAGAGGCUAUGGUCGUAGUAACCAUCACUCCAAAUCAAAGUCUCGCUCUCGUUCUCGUUCGAAAUCUGAGGAGCGGAGGCCGCAACACAAGAAGUCAGAGACUUCGGGUCGAGAUAGAUUCUCUCGGUCAAGAUCCAGAGAUGACCGUGUACGCCGAAGGGAUUAUCGGGAUAGGAAAUCAUCACGGUCUCACUCACGGGACCGAAAAUCCCGAUCAAGAGACAGACGGUCUCGCUCCAGAGACAGACGGUCUCGAUCAAGAGACAAACGGUCGCGAUCGAGGGACAAGAGGUCACGGUCUAGAGACAGGCGUUCCGUGUCGCGUUCCAGAGAUCGCGGGAGAUUUGACCGAUUUAAAAGGAAGCCUUACUUCAACUUCAGAAACAGACCCCGGUUCAUUCGAUACAACCGCAGAUCUCGGUCUCGAUCAAGGGAUCGAAACAGGUUUGACCGAUACAAUCGAAGGUCUCGCUCUCGAUCUCGCAACAGAGGCAGGUUCAACCGGUAUGAGAGGAAAUCUCGUUCACAUUCGAGAGAGAAAAGAUAUGAGAGGAGAUCUCGCUCAAGGUCUAGAGACAGGUCAGACAGGAACGAACGCAGUCGACCGUCAUCUCACAAAGCAUCCACUUCAAGCCACACCAGUGCCAGGGGUCACUCUGAGGAAAGGCACAGUGGAAGACCAUCAUCAAGGGAUCGGAAGCGAUCAGCAGAGAAAGAACUGCCCCGCGUGAGCAGUAAUGAAAGACAACCAAGAAUGGGAGAUAAACCAAAAUCCAGGACCCCUGUGAAGUUUCUUAGUUUUGGAGAAGAUCCAUCUAGCAACAGUUUGUUAUUGAGUUUUCCCCAGUUAAAUUCAAGAAGGAAGAAACCAGGACUAAAACUCGACGAUGUUUUUCCGAUACGUUUAGAACGAAAUGAAAGUUUUAUCAGGAAUAUUGGAAGAGGUUAA